AUGGCUCGGUUCAAUUAUGGAAGUGUAGCUCUCCUCACCAUGUUCAUUUUCUUCUUCACGUGGGCAGGGCUUGGUCGGAAGACAAGACAUGUUAGAGUCACAAAUGCAUUGGAGGGAGGCUCGACCCUCACCGUUAACUGCCGAUCCGAGGAUGAUGACAUUGGUAUCCAAGUGCUCCAACCUCAAGACUCAUUUGAAUUCCAUUUUAAGCCGACAUUUAUCGGAAUAACACGAUUCUACUGCAGUUUUCAGUUGCCAGAUGCAUCGAUUCACUGGUUCGACGUGUAUAAUCACUGGAGAGAUGGUAGAGAUUGCAGUGAGUGUUAUUGGGUUAUACGUGAUGGUGGCCCUUGCAUGUUUAACUGGGACAACCAACAAUAUGACAUUUGCUAUAAGUGGUCGUAA